AUGCGUCUGUAUUCAUCGCUCCUCAGGGCUAGUAUCGUUCUCUUCGACCAUAUCAACGCGUCGUCGGCUAGGCCGGAUUCGACAAUGGUGACUUCAAUAACGCCUGAUCACUACAAUGUUCCUCCCAAGAAGUUUCUACGAGAUGGAGCAAAGACAAAUAAAGAAGAGAGGGACCUCUUACCUACCGUCGAGACGCUCACUAAAUUUGUCAGCUCGCCGGCGUCACAUCUCAAAGAAAACAGGCUCUAUAAGAAUCUGAUGAAAAAGAGAGAAUCUGUGGAGAACGCCUUCACUUCACUCAAGCUUGACAAAGAAAAGCUACGCACCGAACACUUUAAGGCGUUGAUGACUUAUUUGAAAGAGCGGAAAGUAAAUGCGAAUCUCGUCUUCAAGUUGUUCAAGCUUGACCAGCCUGGUGACAAAGAGCUACGCACCUUACACUUUGACGCGUGGGUCAAGUAUGUGGCAGAAAAGGUACCCAACUCUUUGUCGAAAUCCUUGAGAAAAAAGGUGUGGAAUCUUUACGGUGAUGAAGGCCGUGCGAAGAUGCUUAAGGCUUUCGUAAUUGCUGAUGGCGCAGAAGGUGUCGUACGUGAUUUGGAAACUGAGCUGAUUGGUUUUUGGAAGGCGGAGAAUACACCUAUGAAAGAAGCCCUCAAUCACUUAUGGCUUGAUAAAACAACUGUCCCCCUUGUUCGCGAAAGACUGCUCAAUACGUGGCUCGAGUAUGGAAACACCAAAAAGAGCGUAACUAAAGAGAUGGUGGAGGCGAUAGAUAGCUGCGACGACGAGAUGCGUGUGGCAAUUCUUGAGGACUUGAGUAAGAUUAACGGCAGUGAUGAAGUGGUCAAAUUUGCCUAUGCUAGUCUGAUGAGAUCGUUGCGAAGUGAGGAAAAAUCUAUUUAUUUUGUAGACGGGCACUUCUACGAAGUUGCCUCGUACUACGAGCACACACCUUAUGCACAAGCGAGGUGGCGGUUAUACCGUCUUACCUUCGCGUGCGAGGGUGGUUGGGAGGUUGGUCGACUGCUUAAGCAGUCGUACCACCAGUUGCCUCUCGCUUAA